AGUUUUACUUUCAAUUUAUAGUUUGUUUUAUUCAUCAUGAAUGUAUUAACAACGCUUCUUUUGCUUACUUUAUUUACGAUGAGUUUAGGCAAAACCCAUCACAUACAAAACAGGAUAAUAAACGGUUGGGUCGGUCGCACAGAUUUCUAUAAAUACUACGCCUUUAUAUAUCUAAACGGAAAGCCAUAUUGUGGAGGAACAAUCGUAAAAGAAAAUGUAGUCAUCUCGGCGGCAUCAACAAUGGCGGGAAUUUCAGCAGCAAAUUUAAAAAUUUACGCAGGAGUGAAAAAUAUAUCAGAUGUGCAAUCAAUAUACCCACAAGGAGUUAACAAAAUCACAUCCCAUCCACAAUACAAAUCAGGAUUUUCCGAUUAUGACGUAUCAAUUCUCUUUUUAAGUUCCAAUAUUGUAUAUAGCAAUAAAGUGGGUAAUAUCGCACCUUCCCCAACUCAUUAUAACGUAAAUGAGGUUGUAACAAUUAUUGGAUUUGGAUUAACUAAUUGUAAUCAAAAAGAUGCUUCGGGUAAAUGUUCUUCGACUACUCCAUCUGAUUAUUUAAGAGUGGCUUAUAUGAAUAUUAAAGGAUAUACAGGAAAUGAUACGAUGGUGACUAAUGCUACAUUUAAAGGAAUUACAUCUUGUUAUGGCGAUUUUGGUGGACCGGUUGUUUAUGAUAAUCAAUUGGUUGGGGUUCAAAGUUUGGUUCAAAAUGCUGAUUGUUCCGGAGAUAGUUAUCAAGCUUCAAUAGAUAAAGUUUAUUAUUGGAUUGAAAGUUAUAUUAAGUAAAUUUAUAAAUAAAUUAAUCUAAACGAAA